AUGAAUGAUCUGAUGUCAUUUGGCUGGCAUCGUGUAUGGAAGGAUCAUUUCGUCAGCUCACUUAACCCUGGCUUCACAGUGGACCAUGUAUCAGGCCAAGCUGCGACACCCCAACGUAUUCUUGACGUCGCUGGCGGCACCGGAGAUAUCGCCUUCCGCAUGUUAAGGCAUGCGCAUGCUAUCAACAAAAAUCCGAACACGCACGUAACAAUAUCAGAUAUCAAUGCCGCCAUGUUGUCUGUCGGCCAAGAGCGUGCCCAGUAUCAUCUUCCUCCCAGCCAACAAGCAGCGCUCACCUUUUUGGAGGCCGAUGCUACUAGCUUUUGUGCACCAGACGGCAGUCAUACUGUGGCGUCAUCUAGCACAGACCUGUACACUGUGGCAUUUGGGAUCCGAAACUUCUCCGAUAUCCGCGCAGCACUGCGUGAGGCAUACCGAGUCCUGCGACCAGGCGGUGUUUUUGCUUGUCUUGAGUUCAGCAAGAUAGCUUCCACGGACAGCAACCCAGCAGCAGCCUUGUUUGACGCUGCUUACAAGCGCUGGUCUUUCAGUGCAAUCCCCAUGAUCGGCCAGCUUGUCGCUGGUGACCGGGACUCGUACCAGUAUCUAGUGGAGAGUAUUGAGAGGUUUCCAACCCAAAACGAGUUCCGGGAUAUGAUUGUGGAUGCUGGCUUCGCCGUUGCUGGGUGUGGCUAUGAAAACCUAACAGGUGGUAUCGCAGCCAUACACAAGGGUAUGAAGCCUAUGAAUAACUAA